AUGGUUCCUCUCAAUCGAUCCCAGAGGUUGAAACGUACUGUUUCCCUGGGAGCUACAAGAAACGCGACAAAGAAGUUCGGUGGCGCAAGACGACCAGGCACCUUGGCGGCAAGCAAGAUGGCGAGUCCCGGCAACGAUACUGCCGAGCCCUGGAAGGACUAUCCAUCGAGCCUCGAGAAUACCGACCUUUCGCUCGAGUUCAUGCCGGGCUGCGUCGAGCGCCUCGAGCGUGUUUCAAGUUCGGGGAUUUCUAAGGCAAUCGAGGUGGAUGGCACCGGGCCUAUGAACGGCGACGAUGGGAAGAUGGCGGCCCUGUCUUUGCAUAUCGUCCCGCAUUGCACGGGCAACGACAACUCCAGGAAGAACAAGUUCAGCAUCACGCCUGACGACUUGAAGAGGCUUCUUUACGACCUGCAGGUAUCACCGUUUUGCCGUUCGCCAAUUGACCGUGACUGGAACAGCUCCAACGACGAGGCCAGGCUCUCAGCCUGGUCUAGAUCAUCACCACGGGCAUCGACACCGCCAUCUUGCCGUAGGAGAGAUGGCGAAAUGUUCGCCUAUAGGCCGGUCAUGUACGUGACGAUCCUUCCUGGCCUCGACGCGAUCCUCGCCAUCGUAGGCCUCGUCGUCUGCGUCCUCUGGAUGAUCCUCAGCAUCAUAAAACAACAAGACAACCCUCGCCGUCAUUCACCCCAGGUCUGCACCGUCACUGCCCAAAACAACUCGGGCGCCAAUAUCACCCGCACCGCGGUCCGGGUCACCAUCCGGGGAGGCGCUGUUGUUUAA